CCUGAGAAACGGGACGAGACGCGUAGCGAGAAACCACCCCAUGAUGAAGAGCGUAUCAAUCGACUUCACAAGGAACGGGAGCAAAUAGAGAUGAGCGAAAUAGAGUGGGUUCGAGGCGGCGGAGUUCUGCGCGACGCACAAGGGCGGCGCGAUAAAGCCCGUACAGAACGUAUUCGCGCAGAACUCAAGCUACAAGAAGAAGAAAAGAUAAAAAUGGGUAGAUGGAAAGAAUACGAUGAUAGGUGGAAGGCACUGGUCGCGUCAGAUAAGGCUCUCGCAUUCGCAGAUAUCCCAUGGCCGCUUCGGACAGCGCCUUCCUCCAGAGGUACCGAUGCUUUCACGCUAUCUGCGAUUUCAGAGUUUUUGUUCGAGUCUCUUUCUGUCCGGAGCAAUACUGUCACGAAGAAGAGUAGGAUCCGCAGCUCGAUAUUGCGGUGGCAUCCUGAUAAGAGCUCGUCAGUUGUUGGCAGGGUUGUGGCUGAUGAUGUGGAUGCUGUUCGAGAAGGUAUUCAUGCUGUGUUUCACUGCCUCAAGCGUCUACAGGAAGAUGAAAGA